AUGAUGCCUUUGCUGAUGAUGCGGCACCGCCGGAUCCCCCGCGCGCGCUGGCGGGACCACGUCACGCCCUCGGGAAAACAUUGGAUAGAACAGUUCCAUCUUCGCUCGAUGAUAGGCUACCACCUUGCUUGGGAAAACUCGCUCGUGGGAAUGGUCAUGGUGCAAGGGAGGCAGCGCGAGGUGACCAAUAUCGGGAUAGGUGUCAAGCAGCUCGCUGUAGAGCCUCGAGGCGCGACGGUGACUGCCUACGUCGAGUCGCUAUCGCACAAGCUCACCCCACUAGAGCAGUCCUUCGUCACACCCGAUCUCGCCGACGACGUUGCCCUUCGGCGGCUCUGCAUUCUUCUCGCACUUAAAUCCGCGUACAUCAAAGCCAUUGGGCAGCCCAUGGGCUUCGAUUGGUCUCGCCUCGAGUUCAACAUCCCUGAAGAAACAUGUAGUGGCGAUGGACAGCCGCUGCAGGGCUGGGAAUUCCGCCUGUACAAAGCGCAGCUUGGCGUCCAGCGCAAGGGCGUUCUUGUCGAAGAGUCCUACCAAUGUGUCACCGCGCACUUCCGAGGCACACCUGACUCCAAGUUCAUCUGGCAAGACAACAACAAGGAGCUCGAGUCUUGGGUCCAGUUCAUCAACAUCGACCAACUCACCAACGUCAUCCCGAAGCUAUCAGAUUAG